AUGAGUAAUUUAACGAUUCCAAAUCUGCCGCAUUCUCCAACGUCACAGUCUAUCACCGAUUCUUCUUCGUUGAUCUCCAACGCGUCACCUUCCUCGCCUUCUUCAGUUAGUGGUGGCGGCGAAGACAAUACCAAAACCCCGACGAAAAGGAAACGGUUAACACAAGCAUGCGACGCCUGUAGAAAGAAAAAAGUAAAAUGUAGCGGCGAGAAACCCAGCUGUCAGAACUGUCAACGACUCAAAGUCGCUUGUACUUAUAUUCCUAGUACGAAAAAACGAGGGCCUAGAGUAGGUCUCGUGGAAAGUUUGGAGAAACGGCUUCAGCAAAUGGAGAAACUAUUACAACCGUUAAAGGAACAAGGACUCGUUGAAGAUAUAGAAGAUAGAGAUAUUCCGUCGACUCCGACAAAAAGACCUAGACUUGCUUCGACGGACUCUAAAAAUAGUCUUGCUUCUUUUGAUGGAAACCAAUCUCAACAAUUUAGUAAUUUGAACGCUGCCAAUGCCGAACGAAUUCAAGCUCCUAAAGCUGAAUUCUCUAAUGCCAAUGUCAAUAUGAAAUCAUUUGGUGCAAUGAUGAACCGAAAUCCCGAGGAUCAUUUAAAGAAUUUCACGGAGCUCUCUCCAUUAUUAACACCACAGUCUGGCUCCCCUAUAAGGCAACAUACACCUACAACCCCAAUGUCAAGUCAGUUUUCCAUCACUGAAAAAUCACAACUAACACCUCCACAACAAUCACAACAAUUAUCACAGCAAACCACCGGUCAAGUAAUUUCAAAUGAGAAAAAUAAUGAACCUGAAGAGGACGUCCUCUUGUAUUUUGGAAGCACUUCUGCCAGACCUGGAUUCCGUACUUGCCAAGAACUAUUUGGGAGUAUGAAUUGGACCGAUUUACCCGCACUCUCUGAUCCAUCAUCUGCUUUAUCCAAUAAUGCCUCCACUUCCUCUUCUUUUGAUCCACCACCUACUCGAGAAGUCGGACCACUUAUAUGCUAUCCUCUCCGAAUGAAAAACUUAAGAAACGAUUUACCAAAAAAAGAUGUUAUUUUGCAUUUGGCUGAAUACUUUUUCCGUUAUUCAUAUCCACAAAUGCCGAUGUUUCAUAAAACAACUCUUUUACGUCGACUUGAGGAAAAUAAAGUUUCGCCAUUUUUAAUCUACUCACUGUGUGCUGUAAACAGAGAAGGAAUCAUUACGAAUCCUCCUUACCUGGCUGGUGAGCCAUUUGCGGAUAUCGCCACCUCAAUGAUUUUGGAUAGUUUUGAUGAGCCUACAGUCGAACAUUGUCAAGCUUUAUUAUUGAUGGCUCUGCACCAAUAUGGCACCAUGCGAGGACCACGGUCAUGGUUGUAUGUGAGUUUAGCUAUUAGAAUGGCACAAGAAUUAGGCUUACACAAAGAAUUCGAAGGUCCUACGCUAGGCAGUUCUCAAAAAAUUGACAGUGAAGCCGCAUUUAUUGAGCGAGAAAUUAGACGUCGCACAUUUUGGUGUUGUUUUGUGAUCGACAGAUUCUCUGCUUGUGCACUUGGUCGUCCUACAAUAAUCGAUGAAGCGGAUAUUGAAAUACGAUUACCAAUUCCGGAUCGUGAUUGGGAAUUAGAGCAUCCGAUUGUCGUAGAUACAGAAUUUGGAAGGUUGAAAAAGGUUGAAGUCAGCAAAGAUGGUUGCAUGAUACUCGAAAAUAAAGGCUUAUUUGCUCUUUUAGUUAGUGCUGCGGCACUGCUGGGGCGUGUUGCGCAAAUGAUUAAUCGAGCAAAAGCUAAUGAAACAUUACAGCCUUGGAAUCCUGAAUCACAAUAUAGUAUUUUAUCGCAGCAAAUUGAGAAAUGGUACAGCGAACUGUGUCCAAACAUGAUAUGGUCCAAAGAGAGACUAACACAACACCUCGAGUACAAUGUAGGAGCAGCAUACGCAACAAUACAUUUACUAUAUUAUGCAACUAUUGUAAUUCUAAAUCGACCGCAUAUCGGUAUGCUACAAAAUGCUGAAGUUCCCGUAGAACACUAUGAUUUUGUGCGAAUGUCCGUAGAUCAUUGUAAAAAUGCUGCACGGGCAGUUUCGGAAAUUGCAAACGCAGUUCUUAAAACUAAUUGUUUUCAUUUGUGUCCUUUCGUGCUUUAUCCGCUCUUUGCCGCAUCGACAAUUCAUAUCAACGAAACGAGCAAAAACGACGGUGCAGAUUCUGAAAUGGCAAAGAAAUAUUUAUGCGUGAAUUUACAAUUUAUGAAAUCGAUGCAACCUUGGUGGGCGAUGGCCGCUAAAUUGCAUUGCAUGUUAAAGGAAAUGUAUAAACGUAGCACCGAGGCUAGUGGAUUAAUGGAGUUUUGGAAUUGCUCAAAUAUACAGACAAAACCGAUUCCAAAAAAUCGUGAAUCAGCAAUGACAACCAUUGAUAAUGUAUCACAAAAUUUUUCGAUACCCGAAUCAAAUUUCGGUUUCCAAUCAAUACUGCUGCCAGGCGAAUUUACGUCACCCCGAAUUUUCAUGAAUGAAACAGCAAAUGUACCGGAAUCAUGGUAUAGUAUGCUCAAAACUCCUUCUCCGCGUCCUUUUUUCCGACCAAAUAUAAAUAAAAACGAAAACGGUGAAUACAUUGGAGAUGACUAUUUCUCACUUUACAAUUCUGAGCUUCCCAAUGGGUUCUCGUACGAUGCAUUAUUAAAUGAUGCUUUGAAUAAUGAAACAUCGAUAUCAUUCGAUCUCUUAUCGCCUGGACGAGUUUCGCGAACAGGUCCUGUGAAAUAUUUAAUGAAUGAGGCAGUUAUUAACGCAGGCGGUGGACAAAUGUCCACAGGCUCGACAACUGGUAAUACCAAUAGCCAAGUUGUUCAGCAACAGCAGCAAUUGAAUGAGCAAAAUACUUUCUCAUUAAUAUCUGCUAUUGUGCCACCAUCAUCAUCUCGAACUGUUUUAUAA